AUGCAGGACAUACAAGAGCUGAAAGAGGAAUACCUCCUGCAUAAGAUUUCUACCAUAGGUGUCAAGUCGACAAGAUUCCAAGUUGUCACUGAGAAACGGCCCAACACUCUAUCAGGCCGCUCGGAAGUCUUUCGGCAUGCAGUCAGAUGUAUUGUCUUAGUGGACUACCAUGCCACCAAGUCUGUUGACUUCGAGGCUUCCCUGAGUUUCAUCAAGGUGCUGAGAAAGCCUGUCUUUGCGACGAAGUUAGACUCUUACUUCAACCCUACUGGAUCUGUCGCUGCAAUCUGUAAAGCCUACGGUACUUGGUUCAACUCGUGGGACGAGCUGGCAAAGGAGCUCAAAGUGGCUGACAGCUUUACGUUUGAGGAUGCAGACACUGUGGAAAAGGAGAAUUCAUUCGAAGAAACCAAGGCUGGAGAAUCGCCGGAGAGCGAGAAGAACGAGGAGCUUGAGCAGAGACACGAUCUUUUCUUCUCUGCUUGCGAGGACGAGGGAAGAUUGAUUGCCAAACAUCUAGAGCAAGAUGUGCUGGUGCAGGGUUUGUUCUCGCACAUUCAAAGGAGCACUGGGCACAUGGAUCGAGACAUGGACCUGAUCAAGAGGUCGAAGCUCGUGGUCUUCGUCAUCACAGAAGGAACCGCCUGGUCCUCCCUGCAGCUCAUCCACCUGGAGGCUGCUCGGAGCUGGAAGAGGCAACUUCUGCCCAUCAAGCGGGAAGGAGUGCCUUUGGGUGACGGUUGGCUCAGCCUAGCGUUAGCUGGAAAGCUCUACUACGAGAUCGAUCCCUCCGACCUGAGCAAACUUCGAGUGCCGUUCAAGGAGAACCCAAACUCUCCCAUCCGGAUCGCCGACUCCACACCAGCGAUUGAGAUGCUGAGAGCUGCACAAGCUCUCAUGCUGUUGGCCAACCGCAAAGUCAUCGAUUACGAUCAUCUCUUUGAGGAGCGCAACGAGCAGAUUGUCUCUAUCUACAAGCAGGAGGCGCUUGCGGCGGGCGUGAAGGAGGAAGAGGCAGAAACAAUCUGUAAUCAUCUGGACGUGUCACCAGCUUCGAGUGUCCUGGAGGAAGCGAAUGCUGCUGCAUCUGUGACGGAAGAGCAGGUUUCUGGUUUCCCUCCCGCUGUAGAACUUCUUCCUGCUCAACAAGCGCUUCAGAUGACCGAUAUUCGUUACACCAUCACCCGCUUGGAGCACGUUCCUCCCCAAGAAGUCUGCGAUGAGUUUGGCAUUCCGAUCCCAGGCCUCAUGUUUGACCUGAUGAUCUCCUACGAGUGGGGCAGCCAAGAGCAAGCGAUUGACUACUUCUUCCAGCUGCGCAUGCAGAACGUCAAGCUCUGGUUCGAUGUGAUGGGGAACAUGCAAGGGAACAUGAACGCAGCCAUGGCGGCGGCUGUUGAGAGUGCCGCCUGUCUCUUGGUCCUGCUUUCAGAGCGCUAUGAGAAGUCCAUCAACUGUCGCCUGGAGCUGGAAUAUGCUGUGAGCAUCAACAAGCCCAUCGUCUUCCUCUGCCUCCCAAGCUACGACGUGCUCUCUAUGGCCGGCUGGAUCAAGGAGAUCAUCGGAGAGCCGAUGCAGGUGUAUCCUGCUGCCGAGGGCUCAGCCGAGGUUGCCUCCAAGUACCUCGUGCUUCAAGGAUCUGCUCCUUCUGUUCGCGGCGUUCCCCUGCCGAAUGUCAUAGCCACUGCUGUCCGCCGCCUCGCACAGCUGAGAAACAGUCGGACCCGUCCGUGCCGAGACGCCACGCCCCUCCUCUUCCUCAAGACGCGGGCGCUGAUCUCAGCAGCUGCGAGCGCGUCGGAGACGUCGGGGAUGGUCGUAUGCUCGCGGUGCAAGACUCUCUUCAACCCCCUGGUGUCUUCGGAGGGGAAGUGCCGCAAACACUCGAGCUACUACAUGGGCGGGACGAUCAUGGCUGGUCGGUGGGUGUGCUGCAACGACAACGACAAGGACGGUCCUGGUUGUACGCCAUGCUCGCACAUGGCUGAAGCGAGGACAUGGACGUUGAUGCAAGGGUAUGGCACGCAUACUUGGGAACCUGCUUAGCAAAAAGGUGACAGGAAGCACAACCACCCUGCAUGUAAUGACGUAGCAGUAUCAAGUUAACUUGUUGUAAUGUUUUCCAUGUUAUGUAAAGGUGAUUAGGUAGAAAGUUGAUAUCAAUCGUAACUUCCGGCGACAUUGCGGCAUCGCCCAUGUUGUUUGGUAUCAAGGUGCUCCAGCGGUAAACAUCAAGACUUGAAAGAGCGAUAUGAAUUAAGAUAGAAAUAAUUCACAUGUGUUGAGACGAAUAAUAAGAGAAGAACACAC